CCAAUAAAUCAGCGCAUUACAAAAAAGCAAAACACCUUUCCAUAUUUCUCUCCAACUCUCCUUCUCUGAUUGGCUCUUCGGGGGUAAAACCAACAUUCCUCCCACACAGUUUGCUACAGUUACUGCUUUUUCCACGACCAGCGCCGUGUUUUUUCAUCAAUCCUGGAGUCACUGCUCACACAGACUGCUUCACCACGUCUUCACCAAAAGUUACAGCUGUUCUACCUCGUGACUCAUUUGUGGAUUGUCAUCGGAGUUAGUACUGGAGGGAAAAAUGUUGGUGUCACCUGUACUAGUAGUCUUUACCUUUGUGUGUUCCUGCACUUUCCAGGCAACAUCUGGACAGGACUGCCGCAGCAGACAGGACCUCCAGGGUUCUCUGAAGCAGAUCCAGAACCUCCUGUCAGCCCACGAGGCAGCCUACCUGCAGAGUCUGCGCAACCUGAAGAAGAAAAUAAACUUACUUCAGAGCAGUGCAGCGAAGCCCACAACAAAAGCCAUCAACAGUACCUGUCCUAAACUGGAUGCCCCCAUAAAUGGCAGGAAACUUGGCAGGUCACAGUGUGUGAGCCAUGAAGUUCACUUCCUCUGUGACCCUGGCUAUGAACUGGUGGGGCCGGAGACCAGGAUUUGUCAGGAAGGCCUGACGUGGAGCGGGCAGCAGGCAAAAUGCAGAGACAUCAACGAAUGUGCGUCCUCACCAUGUCAAAACAGCGGCACCUGUGUGGACGAAGUGGACCAGUUCUCCUGUGUCUGUGCCAAAGGCUGGACUGGAGAGACCUGUCAGAACCCUGUGCCAACAUUCUUUACCUCCACAACAAACACCUCUUCACCCUCCACUGCUUCUUCUUCUUCGUCGUCUGCUGCUGCUGCUGCCACCUCAACAGCUGCCACCCCUGGGGCCUUUGUUCGUCCAUCACGCUGCAGUACAGUCCAGGGCACAACCCACUGCACCUGUGAACCAGGAUACACCAUCUCUGGGAGGGACAGCAGUGUCUGCACAGAUGUUGAUGAAUGUGAGCUGUUUCACAAUGGUCAGGCAGCAAAGCUGUGUUUACAUGCCUGCGUUAACACAGCGGGAGGCUACCGCUGCACCUGCCCUGCUGGAUAUAACACGACCCGCGAUGGACGCAGCUGCAAAGACAUCGAUGAGUGUGCAGCCAGACAGAACAACUGCACCAAGGACCAGAUGUGCAUCAACACAUACGGCAGUUUCCAAUGUGUCAGUGUGACCUGUCCUAAAAUCCCUAAUGCUGCUUAUGUCAAGACAUCACCAAUGCGUUGUGAACGUAACCCCUGUCCCGUGGACAACAAGGCCUGUUCUCAAACCCCGACUUCCUUCUCCUACCACUACAUGUCUAUGGUGUCCAACCUGUCAGCCCCUCGUGUCAUGUUCAGGGUCUCGGCCCUGCGACCAAUGGGCGACACGCUUCGCUUCUCCCUGCUGGGAGGAAAGUUGGCGCGGCGCCAUUUCACGGUCCAGCGCUCAGACCGUCUGACGGGUCAGCUGAUGCUGGUCAGUCCCAUUCAGGGCCCGGCUACGGUGGAGGCAGAGGUGGAGAUGAGUGAGCUGGAGAGGCGUGUGCAACUGGGCAGGUACAUCACCAAAAUCACAAUGUUCGUUUCCCAGUAUGAGUUCUAGAAUAGAAACCGUGGUGUGGACUGGUCAGAGGACAUGGAGGUCAUGGAUGUGAACGUGGUGGAUUGUGUGGACCUGAACUGUUGUUUAAGGUACUACAGCUGUUGGAGUUAAAGUAGGAAAGAUCACUGGUAAAUAACGUGUUUGUUGAGACUGACAGGAACAACAACUACCAUGUCUCUCAACUGGUCAACUGUCCAAAAAAAAAAACCCUAAAUACUUUACAUGUGUUUAAUAGUUUCUUUUUGCACAGCAAUCUGGCAGACAUUUCUGUAAUUUAUUUCAUUUUAAUAAUGUAAUUGGUUCCUGUGCUAUUUCUCAAGUUAAUAUUCCUGACGAUUUACAACUUAAACUAACUAUUAUUUCGCCAAUAAAUUUGUCAAAUAAUGUUUGCGUAAAUAUCGAUACAGGUUUUAUUAUUUAAAAGAUGCUUGCAGAAAAUGCAGAGAACGAGUUCAGGAAAACACACGAAGAAAACUGAACCGAACUUGUGUUGACAGUCUAAUGGAAUGAAGUGUUCAGGAAAAUAACUACUUUUUUGUUGUUUAACAUUUGUACCGUGUGACAUGUAUCCUGACUGUUAUUGUUGUGAACUGGUCUUGGAAUGUGUUCAACUGCACUCAUUAAACAGCAGAUUUAUUUUUAAUUAAAAAGCGUUGUUUGCCAUAAGGGGUCGCUCUCACUUGAUCACAACACUUGACAAUUAACAUCGGCUCCACAACUCAUCAUUACGUUCUUACUAAACGCAUUCCUUUCUCACUCAUAGACGUCGACCACACAGGACAAAAUGCCCUCAAGAAAACACACACACCUUAAAGUAUUUACAUCUCUAUAGACAGAGAUGUACAGUAUGUGAGCCGUACCUGUUUGAGCAACACUCUGGUUCCUGCAGCAUAGAGCACAUCUGUUCCACAGACAGACAGCUAAAGACAGGCAACUGAAAAGAACCACUGUGUGUGUGUGUGUGUGUGUGUGUGUUUCCCACAGCCUGUUAAAAAGAUUUAACUUGGAAAUGUGCAAAACAGGUCAAUACUGGAAACGCAUGCGUCACACACUUCCUGGAAGUCAUGCCUGCGUGAUCACUUUCUCAUUUAUUUUCUUGGAAAGAUGUGAGUAAAAUAUAUAUUUUAUUUGCGAUUAAAACAUUUACCUGGAAAUGUGGCGAUAGACAUUACACAUUCAGAUUAUUUCUAUUAAAUAUUAUAGAUUUAGUGGUAAGUCUAAUAUAUUAUCGUAAUAUUUAUGCAUAAAAGGGAUUUGUUAUUUGUCCUAUAUAUAGUUUAUAAUAUUUAUAUUUAGGGAUGCAACUAUGUAUCAUGAAUGUCAGUGGUCAUACCAUGAGACUACACACACUGGUACAGUAGGUGGCGGUGUGAACCUCAAAACAUUUGCUGUGACCUGUUAUUAAACCAGUGUGUUCCAUUCAGUUGUGUUUGUGCUACAGAAGCCUAGCUGGACAUUUUACACUGAUUUUGAAUUUCAACAACAAUAACGUUUUAGGAGCUUCGGUAUAAACAGCAGUUACAG